CAAAGUCCAACCAUGCGCAGAGAAAAGACGUGAACAUAAGCAAACCACUCCUUGCCCCGUUCUCCUUUCUUCUCUGGUCGAUCCACUGCAACGCCAACCUUCUCCUCUCCAGGAGUAUUGCAAUGGAGCGGCUUCUUUCGGCAAUCGCGAGCGAUCUCCUGAGCAGAGCCCUGUCCAUGGUGAUCCAGAGAUACGGGCGGUCCAAGGCCGAAGAGACAGAGCACAAGCUCCAGCGGUUGCAGCGCGUGCUGCUCCGGAUCGACGCCAUGGUCGAGGAGGCCGAGGGGCGGCAUAUCACCAACCAGUCGAUGCUAUGGCAGCUUGAGAUGCUCAGGCAAGGCAUGUACGGCGGCCACUACGAGCUCGACACCUUCAGGUACAGAGGCCAUGGAGGCGACGACCAUGUGAGUUGUGGCCGUGCAGUUGCCUUUCCUAUAUUCAGUUCAGCCAAGCGCCUCCACUUCUCCCCCGUCAGCGGCAACACAGAGAACGUGCAGAACACCGUCCUCGACGCCGAGAGCGUGAAGAAGCUGGACAAGAUUCUCGGUAGCCUCGAGACGAUGAUUGGCGACAUGGAGGAGUUCACUGUGUUCUUGGAGGGAUACCCUUGCAUCUGCCGGCAGCCGUACAGCACGUACUUGAUUCUUGACAAAGUCAUGUUCGGUCGGCAGAUGGAGAAGGAGACGAUCAUCAACUUCCUGCUCCGGCCAGAAGCUGCCGGCAAUGGAAAUCCAGGCGUGCUUCCGGUCGUUGGCCUAGCGAGAGUUGGGAAGAGCACGCUUGUUGAGCAUGUCUGCCUUGAUGAGAGGGUGCGCGGCUACUUCUCGCACAUCAUCUUCUUCACCGGUGGCGAUUUUGGUGCCGAAGACAUGGCUACUCUGAGAGGCAGUGGUGUAAUAAAGCAUCAAGAUCUUACGGCAGGCAAGCAUGGGAGGUCACUUGUGGUCAUUGAGCUAGCUGGGGACAUGGACGAGGAGACAUGGAGAAGGCUGUACACCUCAGCGGCAAGCAACAUGGAGCAUGGAAGCAAGAUCAUAGUCACAAGCCGGUCAGCGAAGAUAACGGCUUUCGGAACAGCUCAGGCUCUCAGACUGAAGCUUCUGCCUCAAGAAGCUUACUGGUACUUCUUCAAGGUUCUGGCCUUCGGGAGCACGAACCCCAACGAUCAUCCAAAGCUUGCAUCCAUAGGCAUGGAGAUCGCGGUGCUGCUGAACGGUGCUUUCUUGGGAGCAAACGUAGUGGCAAGCCUGAUGAGAGCCAAUCUUAACGCCCAGUUCUGGAGCAGGGUGCUUGAGUGCUUGAGAGAUUUCACCAGCAAGCACCUGCUGAUGUUUGGUGAGCAUCCAUUACAUCUUGUACAGAAAGGCAAACCUGUGCACAUAUGGAGAAUGACCAGGACUCAACAUGUCGUUACAAUCUGCAAAAUUUAUCAGAAGCGUUCUCCCCGGCAUGAUGACCCCAAGGUAACUGCACAAGAUAUUGUAAUAGGAAGUGUUCCACUUCCACAUCAGGGGAGGUUCCGCGCAGUAACAUGGAGAUCUAGCAUACCUCCCUACUACACCUACUUGGCCAGUUGUUCGUCCCAGACGGUCAGGUGCUCGAUGGCUAACAAGAAACGACCUCGGCAGGCGAGGGUUUGAUACGAGUCUGUUCUCGUAAUAUCAUAUAUAUCAGUGUGUGCAAAACACUACUCGUAGCGUUUAGCUGUAAUCUUGUAAGGUUCCAACCAGAGUACAGUAUUUGCUUACUGGAUCAUGCUGUGUUCAUUGCUUACAGUUGUUGUCAAGCAUGUUCAUCUGCCCAGCAGCCCUGGAAGUGCAAGUUUGAAGCCCUGGCAUGGCGAUCUAGCAUUCAGAAUUCAAUUUGAUCUGAUUUUGUGUUGAUAUUAAGGCUUUGUAUGUUUUAUCCGUUCAGUAGCAUACCAUAAUGCAGAAUUC